AGCAAAGUUUCCACUGCAAGCCAUGGAUGGAGAAAAUUUCAGCAGGAAACUAUUUCUAUUUUUAUUUCUUUGUCACGUCAACCAAGUUUGUACGACAACAGAGGUGUGUUCAAACAGUAUUCUCCCCGGACCUAAAGGAGAUCCAGGUGAGGUGGGCUCAGAAGGCGAGGAGGGAAGAAUGGGGAAAACCGGCCCACCUGGCCUCCAAGGUCUGAACGGUGAGUAUGGAGAGAAAGGAGACGUGGGCCCAAUGGGAAAAAUUGGCCCUAUUGGGGACAGAGGUGACAAAGGACAACAUGGAGUACCCGGUCCUCCAGGAAUGAAAGGAAAACCUGGAACUACAUGUGACUGUGGGAGGUACAGAAAGGUUGUCGGACAAAUGGACGUUAAUAUAAGCAAGCUUAAAAAGGCUAUCAAGUUUCUGAAGAAUGUGAUUCUAGGUAUCAGGGAGACGGAGGACAAGUUUUACCUGCUGGUGAAGGAACCGAGGAAAUACGGAGAGGCCAAUCUGAACUGCAAGUUACGUGGAGGAUCUCUUGCCAUGCCCAGAUCCACAGAAUCCAACACUUUACUGGCCAACUAUAUCAGUGAAGCUGAUCUUACACUUGUCUUCAUAGGGCUACAGGUUGGGGAGUCGGAGGUGAGGUACAUGUAUGUUGAUGGUGAGCCCCUCCUUAACACCACAGCAUGGGGUCUACAGGAGCCACACAGAGGUAACUGUGUACAGAUGAGUAACACCGGACACUGGAGCCAGGUGGAUUGUGGAGCCGCACAAUACUACAUAUGUGAAUUUGACAAAAACAAGAAAACUCCAGCAAAUGUCAUGUGACCGUGUAAUGGAUGCAGGGCGAGGGAGGUUUUUAUUAUUAUGUAAUCAUUUUUACACAACAAUCUGUAAGGAGUUUCAACAAAAAAAAUGAUCAUGCUACAGUACCUAAUAUAUUUCUGUCUUUAAUAAUGUUGUUGAUGUCAUGUUACCACAUAAAGUCCAUUACUAAGAUUACAAUGUAAAAAAUUAUAUCAAAACUAGAUGAUAAGUUUGGUUCCAAAACGCGAUAAACGUCAAUUCUUCAUUUUACGCAAAAUCCGAUAUCUGCCGUGUUAUUCUGUCAUCUUUUAUCCCUUUUUUUCUAAACCGCGACAUAUGCCAGUCCUCCUUAUCUGCAGAAUGCAAUAAAUCCGCUCAACCAAUCACAGCGCACCAUUACACGCAUUGUAAACAAUAAUGGAGUUGCGCUUUGAAUACACACAGAAUCCUAGUUUUCCUCAUCUGCUUUGUACUUCGUGAUCAACAAACAAACCAAAACAAAAUAAUACUUUGAUGGCAUUGAUAAA